AUGAAUCCCAAUUCCAAGUUGAUCCUCGACAAGAUGCACCGCCUGUUCGCGGAGCAGAAGACAAGCUUCGACGUGCGCUUCACCGAGGCGGAUCAGAAGCUCAAUUCACGCUUCGGCGACAGCGACCGCGCACUGGAGAAGCGCUUCACCGAGGUGGAGGAAUCCGUCACCAAACGCUUCACCGAUCUCGACAACUCCCUCACCAAGCGACUCGCCGACUCGGAUCUCAACUGGGAGCGGCGCAUCACCGACUCCGAGGUGUGCCAAACAACUCUCAUCACCGUGUCGGAGCAGCGCCAGGAGGCCUUCGUCUCCGCCGUCGCCAAGUCCACCGGUAACCUAGAAAGCUGGCGCCAAGAGUCUGAAGGCGCAGUGGAUGACCUCAAGCUGAAGAUGAGCAAGCUCACCAAGUACAUGGAUCGAUCUGUCCUCGACAACCCAUCAGCGUCGAGUGGACUGAUCUCCUGGUCACCACCAGUCAUGGAGCCAGCCGCCGCGCGCUCACCUGCCGGCAUCACGGCUGCUCGGUCCUCGCACUACUCAAAGCUUGAUGUCAUCGCGCCCUCGGAGCCAAAUGUGUCGUGCCCUCGUCGCCUGAGGCACCACAUCGCUGCGCCAUUUCACCCUCCGCCGCCGCAACUGACGUGGUCACACUAG